GGCCCCGCUGCCCGCGCCGCCCUCAUGCUGUUCCGCUUCGGCGUGGUGCUGCCGGCCCGGGUGACGGCGGCGGGCGCCGUGCUUUGCGUGGCCGGCUCGCGGCCGGAGCUGGGCCAGUGGGACGCGCAGCGCGCCGUGCCCAUGGCGCCGGCGCGGCCCGCCGCCGCGCUGCCAGCCCAGGAGCCGGCGCUGUGGCUGGCGGAGGUGGCGCUGCCGGACGAGGACGCCGGCGGCCCCUUCUGGUACAAGUUCCUCCGGCGGCAGGGCGGCGACGUCGUCUGGGAAGGUAAUGGGCCUCAUCAUGAUCGAAGCAGUGUUUACGACCAGAAUAACGUAGUAGAUGGAGUGUACUGCCUCCCAAUAUCACACUGGAUUGAGGUCUCUGGACACACUGAUGAGAUGAAACACACUACUGACUUCUAUUUUAAUAUUGCAGGACAUCAAGCUAUCCAUUACUCCAGAAUUCUGCCAAACAUCUGGCUGGGAAGUUGCCCUCGGCAGGUGGAGCAUGUGACUGUCAAGCUAAAACACGAGCUGGGUAUUACAGCUAUAAUGAACUUCCAGACCGAAUGGGAUAUUGUGCAGAAUUCCUGGGGUUGCAACCGCUACCCAGAACCCAUGAGCCCUGAAAUCCUCAUGAAACUAUAUAAAGAGGAAGGUCUUGCCUAUGUCUGGAUGCCAACCCCAGACAUGAGCACUGAAGGAAGAAUACAGAUGUUGCCACAAGCUGUCUGCCUUUUGCAUGGGCUACUUGAGAAUGGUCACACUGUCUACGUUCAUUGCAAUGCUGGUGUUGGCAGGUCCACAGCUGCUGUCUGUGGCUGGCUGAAGUACGUGAUGGGAUGGAGCCUGCGGAAAGUGCAGUACUUUGUGGCUUCCAGGAGACCAGCUGUCUACAUAGAUGAAGAAGCUCUGAUUCGUGCUGAAGAUGAUUUUUACCAGAAAUUUGGACCUCUUCAUUCCUCAUGCAAACUUCAAAACUAGAAAAGGAGAAGAGGUGAAGGAAGGUGAAGAGGGAUCCUUACAUGUCAACCCCAAGGAUUUAGAAUUCAUGAGUCAGACUCCUAUCUCUCCUCUUCAGAUUACAGGCUUGUCUAAAAUGUCCAGAGAAUUUUGCUAAAAAAUGCCUCUGAGUGAUUUUUUUAUUUGCCUUUUGUAAGCUGGUAUGAUUCAUGCUUUCAAGCCUUUUGCUGCAAGUAUGAGAGGUGGAGACUCUGUAAAGGAGAAACAAAGAUUCUCAUGUAAUUUUUUGGCCAUAGGAACUGAGGUUUUAGGGUAGACACCAAAUAAGAGAAGACUUGAGGUAAAAUAAUGAAAGUUGGCAAUAUUACAGUGAUAAGAAAGUGAAGGUGUUCUCUGAAACACAGAUAUGAAGGUUGACUGGAUCAACAUUCAGGUUAGGAGGGAGCUGAUAGUCAAAGCUGCUCAGGUAUUUCAGUUAGAGUGCACAUUUUUGAAGUGUUUUGUAGUGAUUUUGUAAAGAAAUUGUAUUAAUGGGAAAGAUCAGAAGGAAAUGGAUUUUUCAACUGUAUUUCUUAAAUGUUAAAUAUUAUGAGUUAUAAUUAUGUUCUUUAACAAUAUUGAAGUUAUGUUGGGAUGUGGCAUGAAGAGAGGAAACGGUUCUGUUCAUGCAGACUUACUCUAUUGCAAGGCAGAACUAUUGUGUUUUGCAUUAUCCUAGACUGUGAGAUCUCUAAGUCAAAGAUACAUUUUGCUCUUCUGGUCUAUGCAGUGUUGUACAAUGGCAUCUCUAGGUGCUAUGUCAGUCUAAAUGGUAACCCCUAAAGUAAAACAGAAUGUACAGGAGGAACUGGUUGCUGAGCUUCUAGAUACAGUUCUUGCUGAAAUACCAAGAACUAGACUGAAAUUCUGAGCCACAAGCUCUGUUUUGGUGACCUAACUGAAUUUCUUCACUCCAGCAAGAGUCUCUUGUUCUUGGGCAAGCAGUGUGUGGAUAUUCAUAGAUGCUAGAUUUAGCCCAGUGAACCUAAUGCUGGGCUAUCUCCGUGGUGAAUGGAAUAAAUAUGCUCUAUAGGAGCAAAAGAGCAGCUCUAUAGAGGGGUUCUCAGGAGCUUAACCCCAGUUGCCUAAUGUUGGCUUUGUAGAUGAUUAACAUUUUACAGUGAUGUUCAGUCCCUUAGCUAAACUAAGCAAUGGCACUAACAGCAUCCAGCCCUGCUCAGAUAAAACCAAUUUGCUGUAGUUCAGGGCCAGGACAGAGGAGAGGGAAAGCAUUCCUCAAGAAACAGAUUGAAGAUUAAAGAUGCAUAAAUAUUAAGAAAAUAAUUUCUAUAGGUUUAUUCUUCAGUGCAAUCUCACCUUUUUCAGCCAAACAACUUGUCCCUCUAAGGUUCAGUCAAUGCCAGAGUAGUUCAGCUGAUACAUAUUGAUUACCAGAACUUAAUGGAGAAACUGUUAGAUGUGGACUAUUUAUGGAGAAUAUUGCGCAUUAUACAAUACAAUGUUUUAUUUAUCUUACACUUCAAUUGUCUUCAAAAGGAAAAAUGUUAAUUUAAAUUAUUUUAAAUGUGUGGUUUUGAUCAUGGCUUUGUUUUCUGCUUUGAAAUAAUGUUGCCUAUUUAAAAAGUGGAUGAGGAAAGAUCACAGUUAAAUAAAAACAUCGGGACAAUUA